AAUAUAGGGAGCAGAUACCAAGGGGCUCGAAAUGAAUUUGUGUGGAAAAGAGAGGGACUUUUAUUCAUGGUUAUGUGUUUGAGUUUCAUUCUAAGAUAAAGACAAACCACUGACAAAAGUAUAUAGAGAGCCAUGUGAUAAUGUUAGAAAUGCAGAUAUUUAGGACGUACGCCUCUGCAUUCUGAUCCACUCAGUCUCAGUAGAUAUCUAAAGGGUAGUAUAUGUAAGAUGCUCCUGUGGUAAUUCUGAUUUGCAACUAAAUAUGAGAACUAGUGACUUUCUCUUUGCCUACUCAUAAAUCUUACAUCCUCCUGUGCACUUUCAUAAUUUUCUGAGCCCUUCUUUUUAAAAAUUGCAUGGCAGUAUUUUAGAAUUUUCUAACUCUUUUACUACUAACAGAUACACUUUUUAGUUUAUCAUUAUUUUUAAUAUAGAUGUCCUCUCCCUACCCCUAUUAUUGGAAAAUGGCAUUUAUUUGUUUGUGGGUUUUUUUUUUUUUUCAGACUUUGAUUUCACAAAUGAAAGUGAUAAGUUAUCUUCAGAAAAAAGCAAUUAUGAAGUAAAUGUAUACCAUCAGAAGACAUUGAAAAGAAAUAAAACCUUCAACCUUAUGAGGUUUAUUUUCAGAAAUAACCCACAGCACACAAUUGAAUUUGGGAGACCCAAAUGAUAUUCAAAAAACAUAUAUCCCUUCCUCUAUAUCAGAGAAAUAACACAAGAGAGAAAUCAUAUGAGUGUAAAGAAUGUAAGAAGGACUUUAGAAAAAUUCACGCCUUACUGAACAUCUGAGUGACCAUACUGAUGAGACCCUAUGAAUGUAAUGAAUGUGGGAAAGCAUUUGUAGUUUUACAGCAUUUUAUUAGACAUCGAAAAAUCCACACUGAUUUGAAACCCUAUGAAUGCAAUGGAUGUGAGAAGGCCUUUAGGUUUUAUUCACAGCUUAUUCAGCAUCAGAUAAUUCAUACUGGUAUGAAACCCUAUGAAUGUAAGCAAUGUGGGAAGGCUUUUAGACGUCAUUCUCACCUUACAGAACAUCAGAAAAUUCAUAUUGGCUUGAAACCCUUUGAAUGUAAGAAAUGUGGGAAAACUUUUAGAUUAUAUCAACAUAUGUGUCUGCAUCAGAAAAUUCUUCAUGGUGUGAAACUCUAUAAAUGUAAAGAAUGUGAGGAAGUCUUUUUGUCAUUGUUCAAGUCUUUACCAACAUAAGACAAUUCACUCUGGUGAGAAAUCACAUAAAUGUAAACAAAUUUGAUUUUAGACUUCUGGCCUCCACGACAAUGAAAGAAUAAAUUUCUGUUGUUUUGAGUCACCCAAUUUGGGAUCAUUUGUUACACCACUGCCAGGAAAAUAAUACAAUUGCUGAUAGAAUUAGCAGUUAGAGGCUGGGCGCGGUGGCUCACGCCUGUAAUCCCAGCACUUUGGGAGGCCGAGGUGGGUGGAUCACGAGGUCAAGAGAUCGAGACCAUCCUGGUCAACA